CACAUAACGUGUAUUCGUUACACACGUAUUCUGUUUUAACACAUCAGAGUUCACGAGGUCAAACAACAUUAAUUACCCUUCUUAAGCAAAGAAAAGUAAUGUGUAUAUUGUACAGAGAAUAAAAAAAGAUGACAAAGAAAAUCCUCAUAACUGGAGCAUCUGGUCUCCUUGGUAGAGAUUGUUUGAAGGUUUUUUCACAAGACCCAGAAUGGACAAGUCUUGGACUGGCAUUCUCCAGGAAAGGAGAACACCUAAAGAGGGUGGAUUUAACAGACUCAGAACAAGUAGCAGCGGUGGUUAAAGAGUUUCAGCCCACUGUGAUUCUCCAUGCAGCAGCAGAAAGGAGACCUGAUGUGGUAGAACUUGAGGAAGAUAAAACAAAGAAAAUAAAUGUUGAUGCCACAAGAAGACUGUGUGAUCUUGCAAAUGCAACAGGUGCAUAUGUUCUGUUCAUAAGCACAGAUUAUGUUUUUGAUGGGUCAAAUGCACCAUACAAACCCACUGACAAACCCAACCCAUUAAAUAAAUAUGGUCUCAGUAAAGCAGAGGGCGAGAAAGUAGUUUUAGAGUCCAAUCCAGGCAAUGUAGUGUUGAGAGUACCAGUGUUGUAUGGGGCUGUUGAAACACUGGAUGAAAGCGCUGUCACCGUCCUUUUCAGCAAGGUUAAAGAUCCUAGCAGGCCAGCAGAGAUGAAUCAUUAUGAGCGGCGUUACCCAACAUUUUGUCCAGAUGUAGCAGAGGCUAUAAAAGUACUAGUUGAGAGCAAAGCCAAAAAUUCAGAACUGUCAGGAAUUUUCCACUGGAGCGGAACCCAAAUGAUGACCAAGUACGAUAUGGCCUUAGCAAUGGCAGAGCUGUAUGGGAUACCAACCAAUCACAUUGUAGCCGACACCAAACCAGCCUCUGGUACGCCCCGCCCAUUUGACUGUCACCUAGACUGCUCCAGAAUGGAAGCGUUAGGCAUCUCCAAAAGGACACCUUUCAAAGUUGGAAUUAAAGAAGCCUUAGAGAAAUUUUACCCCUAGUUUAAUGUAUUCAUAUGUUCUUGUUAAAUCUUUUUAAAAUAUAUUAUUCUCUGUUUGCAAAUUAUUAAAUGGGUCAUAUCUGAUCUCACAUUGGGCUUAAAGAUGUCUUUUUAUGGUGGUAAAAAAGUACAUCUUUAAAAGUAAAAAAAAAAAACAUAUGGGCAUGAAGUUUUAUUUUCAUUCAUGUUAUAAUUAUAGUUUUUGUUAAUUUUAUAAGGCUUAAAGUCUU